ACUCAUUUUCUGGAUACUUCUCCAAGCACACACACUGACACUGCAAAACCAAGAAGAGGUUAUCAUAUCACAAUAACUCACAAGACUUCUUCAAGAUGACCAUGCAGCAGGACGACGACAGCAACAAGUUCCUUUUCCUGGACAGUGAGUUCAAAAACAGUGGCGUGGCUCAGGCUGACUGGUCCACCAGAAAGAUGGUGUGGAUUCCCUCAGAAAGGGAUGGUUUUCAGUCGGCCAGCAUUAAAGAAGAGACGGGGAAUGAGGUGGUGGUGGAGCUGGACAACGGGCAGAAGGUGACCGUCAGCAAAGACGACAUUCAGAAGAUGAACCCACCCAAAUUCAACAAGGUUGAAGACAUGGCUGCCCUGACCUGCCUGAAUGAGGCUUCAGUGCUGCACAACCUCAGGGAGAGGUACUUCUCAGGCCUCAUUUAUACAUAUUCAGGCCUCUUCUGUGUGGUGAUCAACCCUUAUAAGAUGCUGCCCAUCUACUCUGAGAAGAUCAUUGAGAUGUACAAGGGGAAGAAGCGUCAUGAGGUUCCUCCACACAUCUACUCUGUCACUGAUAAUGCCUACAGGAACAUGCUGCAAGAGCGUGAGGACCAGUCUAUCCUCUGCACCGGUGAGUCUGGUGCAGGCAAAACCGAAAAUACCAAAAAAGUCAUCCAGUACCUGGCGGUUGUGGCAUCAUCACAUAAAGGAAAGAAAGAGGUCACUUCUGGAGAGCUUGAGAAGCAACUCCUGCAGGCCAAUCCCAUUCUGGAGGCUUUUGGAAAUGCAAAGACCAUCAAAAAUGAUAAUUCUUCAAGAUUUGGUAAAUUUAUCAAAAUCAACUUUGACAACACCGGCUACAUUGUUGGAGCAAACAUUGAAACCUAUCUCCUGGAAAAGUCUCGCUGUAUCCGACAGGCCAAAAUCGAGAGAUCCUUCCAUAUCUUCUACUAUAUGGUGGCUGGAGCCAAAGACAAAGUGCGAGAGGAGCUCUUGCUAGAGGACUUUGCUAACUACCGUUUCUUGGUGGCUGGACAUGUCCAGGUUCAAAACCAGCAAGAUGACGAGAUGUUUGAGGAGACUCUUGAGGCCAUGGAGGUUCUGGGCUUCAACGAGGAGGAACGAAUAGGCAUGUUUAAAGUCUGUUCUACUGUGCUGCAACUUGGCAAUAUUGAGUUCAAAGCAGAGAAAAACCAAGAGCAGGCCAGUAUGCCAGACAACACAGCUGCACAGAAAGUGUGCCAUCUGCAGGGGAUUAAUGUGACUGACUUUACCAAAGCCAUGCUCACUCCUAAAAUCAAAGUGGGCCGAGAGCUGGUGCAGAAGGCACAGACCAAAGAACAGGCUGACUUUGCAGUGGAAGCCUUGGCUAAGGCCAUGUAUGAUCGUUUGUUUCGCUGGAUCUUGGGCCGUGUCAACAAGGCUCUCGAUAAAACGAAGCGUCAGGGAGCCUCAUUUAUAGGCAUCCUAGACAUUGCCGGUUUUGAGAUUUUUGAGGAUAACUCAUUCGAGCAGCUGUGCAUUAACUACACCAACGAGAAACUGCAACAGCUCUUCAAUCACACCAUGUUCAUCCUGGAGCAGGAGGAGUACAAGAAGGAAGGCAUCGAGUGGAGCUUCAUUGACUUUGGUCUGGACCUCCAGCCCUGCAUUGAGCUCAUUGAGAGACCAAACAAUCCUCCAGGUAUUCUUGCACUGCUUGAUGAGGAGUGCUGGUUUCCGAAGGCAACAGAUGUUUCUUUUGUUGAGAAACUCACAAACACUCACUCAAGCCACUGCAAAUUCUCCAAACCCAAGAAUCUGAAGGAGAAGACUUUCUUCACCGUGCAACACUAUGCUGGCAAGGUGGACUAUAAUGCCACAUCAUGGUUGACUAAAAACAUGGACCCACUCAAUGACAACGUCACAGCAUUGCUGAGCAACUCAUCCAGUGCUUUUAUUCAGGACAUCUGGAAAGAUGUGGACCGUGUGGUGGGUUUGGAAACCAUGGCUAAGAUGGCCAAGUCUGACAGCUCAGCUCCUGCUGCUUCCAAGUCCAAGAAAGGCAUGUUCCGCACUGUCGGGCAGCUGUACAAAGAGUCCCUCGGCAAACUCAUGACCACUCUACAUAACACUCAACCAAACUUUGUGCGCUGUAUCAUUCCCAACCAUGAGAAAAGGGCUGGCAAGAUAGAUGCCCAUCUUGUUCUAGAGCAGCUGAGCUGUAAUGGUGUACUAGAAGGGAUCCGCAUCUGUCGCCAGGGCUUCCCCAAUCGCAUCGUCUUUCAUGAGUUUCGCCAGCGCUAUGAGGUUCUUGCUGCCGGUGCCAUUCCUAAAGGCUUCAUGGAUGGAAAACAAGCCUGUACACUUAUGAUUAAACAUCUAGACUUGGACCCCAACCUGUACCGGAUUGGUUUGAGCAAGAUAUUCUUCCGCACAGGAGUGUUGGCACAGCUGGAGGAAGAGCGAGACCUGAAACUGACUGAUAUUAUAAUCGCCUUCCAGGCCCAGGCCCGUGGCUUUCUUGGCAGAAAGGCAUUCAGCAACAAACAAAAGCAGCUGACAGCAAUGAAAGUGCUUCAGAGGAACUGUGCCGUUUAUCUGACACUCAGGAACUGGCAGUGGUGGAGACUUUUUACUAAAGUCAAACCCCUGCUUCAGGUGACUCGUCAAGAAGAGGAGAUGAAUCAGAUAGAAGAGGAGCUUCAGAAAGCCAAAGAAAUUGCCCAGAAGUCUGAAACUGAACUAAAGGAGAUCACACAGAAGCACGACCAGGUUGUGGAGGAGAGGAAUAAGCUGCAGGCCAAGCUUCAGGAGGAAGCAGAACUGUACGCAGAGUCUGAGGAGGUCAGGUUACGGCUGGAGACCAAGAAGCAAGAGCUGGAAGAGGUGCUGCAUGAUAUGGAGGCUCGACUUGAGGAAGAGGAGGAACGGAGUCAGGCUUUUCAGCAAGAGAAAGGGAAUUUGCAACGGAAACUUAAGGAGUUAGAAAACCAUUUGGCAGAACAAGAUGCCACCAGACAGAAGCUUCAGUUGGAAAGUGGCGCUGCCGAUGGAAAGAUUAAGAAACUUGAGGAGGAUGUCCUUAUAAUGGAGGAUCAGAAGAGCAAGUUGCAAAAGGAGAAGCAACAGUUAGAGGAGCGGUUAGCUGACUUUAGCUCCAACCUUGCUGAGGAGGAAGAAAAAUCCAAAAACCUGACAAAACUAAAGGCUAAACAUGAAUCUAUGAUUUCAGAUCUUGAAGUUCGAAUGAAGAAGGAAGAGAAGAGUCGUCAGGAUGUAGAGAAAGCAAAACGUAAACUGGAAACUGAGCAUAGUGAUCUACAGGAACAAAUGAAGAACCUGCAGACCCUGAUAGCAGAGCUUAAGACACAACAAGCCAGAAGUGAAGUGGAAAUUCAAGACCUUCAAGCAAGUGUGGAAGCAGAAUCAACCCAAAAGAGCAAUGCUCUGAAAAAGAUUCACGAAAUGGAAGGACUUCUUUCAGAGCUGCAAGAUGAGCUUGAAGCUGAACAAGGGGCUGGUAGAAAGUCAGAAAAGGCCAGAAAGGAGUUGGAAGAAGAGUUGUCAGCCUUGAGGACUGAACUGGAGGACUCACUAGACACCACAGCUGUGCAGCAAGAGCUAAGGGCUAAGAGAGAGCAGGAGGUGGCCAUGUUGAAGAAGCUGGUAGAAGAUGAAGGCCGGAGCCAUGAGGCUCAAGUGCAUGAGCUGAAACAAAAACAUGCUCAGGCUGUAGAUGAACUUAGUCAGCAGCUAGACCAAUCCAAACGGGCCAAAGCCAAUGUGGAGAAGGCAAAACAAGCCCUUGAGAAGGAGGUUGGAGACCUAAAUGGAAACCUUCGCUCACUGAGUAAUGCGAAGCAGGAUUUGGAGCAGAAGAAGAAAAAGGUAGAGACCCAGCUUGCUGACCUUCAGACUCGUUUCAAUGAAAGCGAGAGAAAAAGGGAGGAGCUUGGAGAUGCGGUGUCUAAACUUAAUACUGAGUAUAACAAUGUGAACAGCAUCCUCAAUGAGGCAGAGAGCAAGAACAUCAAACUGAGUAAAGAUGUUGUCAGCCUCAACUCACAGCUCCAAGAUGCACAGGAAAUACUUGCUGAGGAGACACGUCAAAAACUUAACUUUUCCACUCGACUCCGUCAAAUGGAGGAUGAACGAAAUAGUCUUCUGGAACAAAUAGAGGAAGAGGCAGAAGCCAGAAGGAAUGUGGAGAGACAUGUCUCUAGUCUUAACACACAGUUGUCGGAGGCAAAGAAGAGGCUGGAUGAGUACUCCAGCAAUUUCCAAAUGCUUGAAGAAAGCAAGAGACGGCUACAGAGGGAUCUGGAGGCCACUAAAGGAGAAUUAGAGGAGAAAACUGCAAGCUAUGACAAGUCAGAGAAGACCAAGAACCAUCUUCAACAAGAGCUGGAUGAUGUCCUGGUGGACCUAGACAACCAGAGGCAGCUGGUUUCAAAUAUGGAGAAGAAACAACGGAAAUUUGACCAGAUGCUUGCUGAUGAGAAGACCAUCUCCAGCAAAUAUUCUCAGGAGCGUGACUGCGCAGAGGCAGAGGCACGAGAGAAGGAGACGAAAUGUUUGGCUCUAACUCGAGCACUGGAGGAAUCCCAAGGUUCAUUACGAGAGUUAGAGAAACUUAACAAGACACUUCGCACUGAUAUGGAAGACCUGAUCAGUUCAAAGGACACAGGCAGAAAUGUCCAUGAGCUAGAGAAGGCCAAACGUGCACUGGAGGCUCAAGUGGAAGAGAUGACAAUUCAGAUGGAGGAGCUUGAGGAUGAAUUACAAACUGCAGAGGAUGCGAAGCUCCAUUUGGAAGUCAAUAUGCAGGCCCUCAAAGUCCAAAUACAAAGAGACAUGCAAGGCAGAGAGGAGCAAAGUGAAGAGAAGAGGAAACAACUCCUCAAGCAGGUCCGUGAGCUUGAGACUGAGCUAGAAGAUGAGCAGAAGACGAGGACUUCCUUGGCUGCUGCCAAGAAGAAACUGGAAGGGGAUUUGCAGGACCUUGAAGACCAGGUUGAUGUAAACAGCAGAGCGAGGGAUGAGGCCAUUAAACAACUCCGCAAGAUUCAGACUCAAAUGAAAGACUACCAGAGGGAGCUAGAAGAUGCUCGAGCAUCCCACAAGGAAGUUCUUUCCGAUGCUAGAGAAUGUGAGCGAAAGGCCAGAGCCAUGGAGGCCGAAAUCUUACACUUGCAUGAGGAGCUUGCUACAGCAGAGAAAGCUCGCAAACAUGCUGAAAGGGAGAGGGAUGAGAUAGCAGGGGAGAUGGCAAGUGGCUCAUUCGGAAAAUCCAGUACGUCUGACGAGAAACGUCGUCUGGAAUCUAAGAUCCAACAUUUGGAAGAGGAGCUUGAUGAUGAACAGGCAACCACAGAGACGCUUAAUGAGAGACUACGAAGAAGUGUGCAGGAGGUGGACCAGCUGACCAAUGAGCUGCAUACUGAACGCUCCAAUGCUCAGAGGAUGGAGAGUGGCUGGCAGCAGAUGGAGAGGCAGAACAAAGAGCUCAGGGCCAAGCUGCUUGAGAUGGAGGGACAAGUCAAGUCCAAGCAACGGUCCACUGUAGCUGCCCUAGAGUCAAAGUUACAACAAACAGAGGACCAACUGGACCAUGAGAGCAGAGAGAGACAAGCAAUUGCAAAGGCCAUGCGCCAAAAAGACAAGAAACUAAAGGAGAUGAUGAAUCAGGCAGAGGAUGAACGGAAACAGAUGGAGCAGUAUAAGGACCAGGCUGAGAAAGCAAAUCUUCGAGCAAGGCAGCUGAAGAUGCAGAUGGAGGAGAGUGAUGAAGAGUCUCAGCGUGCUACUGCAGCUCGGCGUAAACUUCAAAAAGAGCUGAAUGAGGCCAUCGAGGCCAACGAUGCCCUGAGCAGAGAAGUCUCCUCACUCAGGAGCAAACUCAGGCGUGGCAGUGACUCAUCUUUCAGCACUCCAUUAAGGCGCAGCGGUGGCGGAAGCUUUAGAAAAACACGCAGAACCAUGAUGGAAACGUCUGAGAUCCCAGAAGAUGGGGGUCCAUCUGCUACUCCUGUGUGUCAACCUGGGGAACUUCAGAUGGAGUCGAUCAACAGCACCCAGGAUAACGACUAAGAAAACCGAAUUCCUUCUCACUUCAUGUUUUCUGCUAUUUCUGUAUAAUUUAUUCUUAUUCAAUCUUGAUCAUCUCCUAAAAAGGAGGCUUGGUACUUAAGUCUGUUCUUCAUGGAUUCAAACUAAUUAAAAAUGGUGUGCGCAUGCAGGGUUAUACAAGCAAGCAAAAAGUACCAUGACAAGCCUCCAUGCAUUUUGGGCACAUACCAUCAUAAUAUAAUGGUUCAUUAACUCUUUAGCACUAUUGACCUUAUUCUGCAAUACGGAAGUGUGCUUGUUUUUGCGAAUGUUUUAGUAUUUCUGACUCAGUUGCCUAUGGGAGAAAUGACUAGGAAUAAUAGAGAGAAUUUUUGAGUUCAUUGCUUCUCUGGCUAUGUCAUGGCAUGGUCACGGCUAUGCUAUGUCAAGUUUACCACAUUUUAUAAAUAUCACUUUUCUAUGAUUAUGAUGAACAGCAUGAUAAAUACACAAGAUAAAAAUACAUAAAUAAAAAUAAUGA